GCUUUUGACAACAGGUUCUGCACUCUGGCACAAGUAGCCGUCAACAGCAGACCUCUUCUUCACUCACUGGGAGUAAGGAAAGCAGCAGAGCAACAGCCAACAUGCCGGUGGAUCUGAACGGAUAUUGGAAGAUGAUUUCCAAUGAUAACUUCGAGGAGUACCUGAAGGCUCUCGAUGUAAAUGUUGCCAUCAGGAAAAUCGCCACCUUGUUGAAGCCUGACAAGGACAUCAGCCACGAUGGCGACCACAUAAUCAUUAAGACCCUCAGCACCUUCAAAAACUACAACAUGGACUUCUAUGUGGGCAAAGAGUUUGAGGAGGAUCUGUCUGGAGUGGAUGACAGGAAAUGCCAGACCACCAUCACCUGGGAGGGAGACAAGCUGGUGUGUGUGCAGAAGGGGGAGAUCGAAGGGAGAGGCUGGACCCACUGGGUAAACGGAGAUGAGCUUCAUCUGGAGCUGAGAGCUGCAGGAGUUGUUUGCCAGCAAGUCUUCAAGAAGACUUAAGCUGGCUUUUUAUUGAAUGAGGCGAUGCCCCCUGCUGACGCCGCUUCGCAGAGACACACAUCCCACGCCGCCGGCACACCGUCCAACCUCGCUUUGGUCCGUUCAUUCAUCUCUCCAUUUGUCUGUCUACCCAAUGUGUGUAUUGUUGUGAAUGUCGUUUCUAUUCCAUCAAGAGCCUCGUCUGCCACAUCCACGUCAAAUAGACAGGGCAGUGUGUAUAUCAUGUCAACAUAUGAAAUAUGUGUAUAUAUAUAUCUGUCUCACGGUGGGAGCUCUUUUGAUUAAGUUUAGAUGUGCUGGGCGCCUGCGUAACGCUACUGUAGGUGCAGCUGAUCUGACGGGUGAACCACAUCGAUGAAAUGAUUGGUGGGAAGGUACAGGUUGGCAGUGAAGACAACAGAGCAGUGGGUUCAUCGUAUUUUAGUUGCCUGAAUGUGAACGCUGUGGAUAGAAAAAUACUUAAUAAUUUGAGUGUGUUUGAGGCAUUUAAAUUACUGCUACUGAUGCUUUGUCUCCACACUGGAUAUCAGAUAUGAUGUGUGUGUUCAUUACUUUCAGCUCCUUUGGGAACGUGUCAUUGAUAGUAGAAAUCAAUCAAUAAAGUAAAUAAUGCUCAAUAA